AUGACAAUUACCUGGAAGAAUGUGUCACAAGCAGCAAAAGAUCUUGUCAAAGGUUUACUAACAGUUGACCCAUCGAAACGUUUGACAAUUAAAGAUUUAUCUCGGAACGCGUGGCUUCGCGGCUCUAGUAUGUCAACAAUGCAUGAUCAUCUGGUGACGCCCAAUGUUCUUUGCCAAGCAUCUCGAUCAUUGAUUGUUCGUGCUGUCAAUGUGACGAUGCGUGCAUUUCAAAAAGCUGGUCAAUUUCAAUUAUCAUCUGUUAUCGAUGGCCUUCUUGCUCGUCGUCGUUACACAAAACGAUCAACUGAUUCAUGUUCAUCGACAUCAAGUUCAGCAACAACAACUACAAACUUACCCGAUAUAUAA